AGCGUGCGGGUCGCUUGGAAAUUUUUUCCUGGAUCGUUCCCUCCGUGCGUGCGUGUAUCGAUUUUUCCCGGCGAACCCACAUCGGGAUCAACCUUGGGACCGUGCUGUGAACGAGCCAAACAACCCGUGGAAACAUCCAAGCAGGCCGAAAGCACGCCACACAGGAUCCGCGUCGACCGAGGAAAUAUCCAGCGAGAAAAAGAAAGAGCCCGAGCGCGAAACCGACGCGAAGCGGCCGUGUGUAACCGUCCUGGUUAGUUGUUGUGAGUCCAGUUCAGAGUCCCAGUAGUGUCCGUUGCGUAGUAGUUUGCCAGUAAUAAGGUAGUGCAAAGCAGGGGCAUCAUGUCACAAAUCGAAGCGAAUGCGCUCAGAAAACGAAGGCCAGAGAUGGCUGCCAAGAUGAUGGGGCCCCCUGUGUGGCCCGCGCUGCCGGGAGUACUUACCAACUUGACGGUUUGACGAUGGACAGCGAUGAUUCGAGACCCGGUUCGUCGGCAUCGAACAGCUCCGACUCGGAGGAGCAGGCACCGAGCCCCGUCACAAAAGAGGAAGAGGAGGAAGAGGAGGAGGAUGAUGAUGAUGAUGAGGAGCAGUCCGAUGGUUCCGGAUCGGCCUCGCGCUCGGUGUCCCCGGCUUCGAAUGCUGAGCCGUUAGUGAACGCCGGCAGCAGAGGUGAUGGAACUUCUGAAGGAGGCGCUCCCGCCGGUGAUUACGGCGGAGGAGGUGGUGCCGAUGGUGUUCCCGCCGAUGGAUCUCGUUCCAGCACUCCGGACAGUAGCUCUCCGAAACAUCCGCACGAGGAGGAAGAGGGAGGCCGGUCACGAUCAAAUUCCCUCUCCUACCGGAGUGCCGACAAUUCGCGCCAAUCGCAACCGAAAUCACCCCAAUCACCAUCGACGAAUCGAUCGCGAUCACCGAGCGAGGCACGUUCGCUUUCUCCGGAGCAAGGUGGCGAAGAGGAAGAGGAGGACGGUGAUGGUGGGCAUCAUAGGCGGUACAAUCGGUCACUGUCGAAGGAAUCGAACCACUCGGACAGCCGCUCGAGCAAGGGUCGCCAUUCGCAUCACCAGCGUCUCCACCAUGGGCAGCGCUCGUUGUCACGCCACUCGAGCGGCACCAACCUUAGCGAGAAGCUGAAGGGAGAGGAGAUCUCGGAUUGUGAAAUUGAAUCCGACGGCCAGGAGAAGGAGGAUGAUGGGGAACCGAGAAGAAGAGCGGAUGCGGAUGAGAAAGCAACCGGAGGGGGUGGUGGAGCGGCGAUGAGUCCCGGAGCCAAGAACAGUGCCCUGGACAUGAGCCACGAAGAUCUGAGCGACGUUAGUUUGGAAAGUGACAACGAACCGGAAGCGCCCGAACCGGAGAGUGAUCGGGGAGCGCAUGCGGUGAAGAAGGCCAGCAAAGGAGACAACAACGAUGACGACGACGAUGAAAAUCAGGAUCGACGCGGUGGGCCGGGUGGUCGAUCCGCAGAUGAAGAGGAUGACGAGGAAGGGGAACAUGAUAGUGAGCCAGAGAACAGAAAGCGUCAAAAUCGCGACAUCCGGCACUUCUCCGAUGAUGAAGAUCGCAGCCAAGCUCAGGUUCAGGCCCAAGGUCAGGCUAACCGAGAUAGGGAUGGAUCGCCUGGCCGUGCAGAAACAGCGACCACACAGCAGCCAUCGAGUGAGGUGGAGAGACCGAAGAUCGUCGAUCUGCGCCAAAAGCUCGAAGAAAAGAAGAAUCAAAUGCGUAACCAGACCACGGAGAUGCACGCCAGUAACGGUGGUGGUGGUGUAGGAUCGAUGCUCGAUGCAGGCAAUCUGCUGGACAAACAGACCGAUGAAGAUGCCCUUGAUUUCGAGGCGGAGGAAGGUGAAUGCGCCGAAGUGGCGAAAGAGAAACCACCAACGGAUCGUAAGGCGGACGAUCGGGAUGGUUCACCGAAACCGGCGGCCAAAGGCCCGGAUGGGACGGACGAGUCGAAGAAAAAGAAACAGGACAAUGCUGACAGCGAAUUGGAAGAGGGUGAAGAGCUAGAGGAAGGAGAGGUAACCGAUGAGGAUGAGAAGCGUCCGGAGGAAUCGGAACCGAAGCCAAUCUGUCGAUUCUACACCCGUGGCCAGUGCACCUGGGGUAUGAGCUGCCGCUUUCUGCAUCCGGGUGUAACGGAUAAGGGUAACUACACGAUGUUCGACAUGGUUCGUCCAGUUCCGGUAGGCCAUCAAUCGGCCGGUUACGGAGGUCACCCGGCUGGUGGUCCACUGCAUCCUCUCGAUUACCGGCAUGAACGGCCAGCGCUGCACCAUCUGGCGGCACAUCAUCCCGUGAUGGCACCGUAUCCACCGGCCGUACUGCCAGCACCCGUAGCACGACCGCCCAUCGCAGAACCCCUUACCGAGAGCGCCUGGGAGCGUGGACUGCGUACGGCCAAGGAGAUGAUGCGCAAGGCUAGCAAGCGCAAGGAGCAGGACAUUGAUUUUGAUGAUAAAAAGAUGAACCUCUCGCUGACACAGGAUGAACUGGAAAAGGACAACUACUACACACGGGAUCGUGCCUCGCCCACGAAUCUUUCGCCUCCAUUUGGAGGUGCACGAGCACCGGUUGCGGCGGUGCCACCGGCCUACGACGCUUACGGUGCACCGCCCUCGUCAAAGUAUGGCCGUCCUGCGGCACCUCCCGCAUUUGAAGAGGAUGCAUUCGGUCGUACGACACGCUACCGUGAACUCCCUUCACACCGGAUGCCACAGUACGAGGAUGAGGAUCUCUCGAAACGUCGCAAUCCGCGUGGUGGAGCCACACGGGAAGUGAUUUUGCAGCGAGCGGAUGAGUGGAGCGAUCCGUGGAUGCGUUCAAAGUCACCGGGUCGUGAAAAGAGGGGAGGCGGUCGAGGAAGGGAUCGAGCACGUAGUUACAGCAACAGCUCUUCGUACUCCAGCUCCAGCAGUAGCUCACGAUCGGGCUCGAGUUCGGAAUCGAGCCGUUCACCCUCACCGAGCGCACCAGCGCGCCGAGCCCGCUACGAUAGUCACCGAUCGAAGGAUAGUGAUCGGCAUGCAGCGGGUGGUGGUGGUGGUGCAGCACACAUUCGGAAGGUGAUCCGAACGCGAUCGCCGAGCAUCAGUCCGAGACGUGCAGGCGGAGGACGUAAAGCAUCACCGGUCGUUGUGAAACGGAUUGACAAACGAGGCCCCUCUCCAAUCGUUGUCGAGAAGCAACGGGUAAUGAUCGAGAAGGGUGUAGCACCGAAACGCAAAAAGUCACCAUCGAUGCACAAGGUAGCGGGUGAAAAGCGCCGUCGUCGCAGCGCCAGCUCGUCCGGCUCGGGAUCGUCCGAUUCGAGUGAUUCGGGCUCCGAGAGCUCAUACUCCUCCAGCUCCGACAGUUCAUCGCGUGAAAAGGCACGGUCCGCUGGUGGUAAAGUGAUUCGUACAGCCGACGGUAAAUUGGCCAAGGGAGCCGCUGGUUUGGUGAAAAAAGAUUCAAAGAAGGAUGGUGGUAAGGGUGGCGGUGCACAAGUGAUACCACCGUCGAGCGCCGCGAUGGAGAAGGCGAAUGCGGCCGCCUCGAAGAAAUCGUCCCGGCGGGAGGAACUGCUGAAACAGCUCCGUGCCGUUGAAGAAGCGAUCGCCCGGAAGCGCACCAAGAUAUAAAGCUUUCCGGCUUUCCAUGUAUUCUACCGAAACGAACGUGGCACACUUCUCGGGAUCAGAAAGCAGAUCACGAGCGACAACAGGAACCACUGGUGUUAUCAAUAUCCGGCGAUCCACCGACCGACCGACUCAUUCCACGGCGAUACAGCUUCUGUUCGGUUUUGUAUGAUUUCUUUCGGUUUUGAAGCGGACAGACACACCAUCAUGUUUCUUUGUGGCUUCAUGUGCAUUGUACGGACGACCUACGGAGGGAGCCUAGUAAACCGGUGACCGGUUUGCUUUUUUUCGCCUCUACUUUUAUUUCUCUCUUUCAUUAACGGCUCCGGUCUGUAAUCCGGUGCGAAGAGUCUUUUGAUUAAACCGAUCAUCUCCGCGUUUUUGUUUAGCGUAAUUAGCUUGUGAAAAAACGAGCAGUUUCGCAGAAGCAGCGUAGCGUGCAAGUACUUCGUAUAACAGGAAUCCGAUACGAUCGUCGAUAACGACAGGAACAGAGGAAAAAGAUAGGGUAAAUGUAAUAAAGUAACGAUCAAAACUUUAUAAAACGGA